AUGGAUGAAGCCGAUUUCUUGGAAGAUGCAACUUCUAAGAAACAGGAGGAUUUGCCUUAUGAUGGGGACUUCUCCCAAAUUCAGAUGUACAACGAUUACAAUUUUACCUCAAAAUAUGACAUCCUUGGUGUCUCAAAUCAAAUGAAUUUAACAGAAGAUGACCUUCAAGAAAAGGCCACACAUAGAGAGACUUGCAGAAAGGCAGAUAUGGCCAUGACUUUGGAUAAAACAACUGAAAAUGCUAUCAGCAAAAAAUAUGAUAAAGAGAAUCAAUGCACCAUAAAUCUUCAUAUUCCAUCUAACCAAGGAGACCCUUUAAAGUCAAACAUUUCUUAUGUUUUACUCCAUCAUCUUUGCAAAGAGGAAUUCUCAAAAGGUCAAGGCAUUAAUUGUGAAACUCUCCCAGAGAUCUCUAAUGCUGACAGUUUUGACGGAGCUAUUAUUAAAAAUAUUAUUUUGCAGCAUGUUAAGAAUUCUUGGCCGACAGAACAAACCUCAGAACUCACUGACCAACUCAACUCCAAAAGCGAUGGUGAAAACAGCAAUAAGCCCAGUUGUUUUCCAACCACGACAGAAGAAAACACCUCUGAUUUAGAGGAUCCAGUCGCUGCUGGAGAAAGCAGCCAUCAGGAAAAUUCAAAUUUUCUAACUAAAAUCAAGAGUCCAGGUGAUAAAGAAAAAAGUUGCCAAGGGCAAACACCCCAGAAACAGCAGGCUGAACAAGAAAGUUCAGGCAACAGGUUCAAAUACGGCCAAGGUCAAGUUCAUUACUGGUUCUCUGAUUCCUCUAAAGUUGCUCCUAAAAAUAACAUAAUUGACAAACCACUUACAACUGAUAAACAAGCCAGCUUUUCUCCUAAAUUGAGAGAUAAAUCAGCUAUUGUGCAAGAUAUUUCAGAAAGCAUGUCUAGAUCAAACGAUGUUGAAAAACAAGAGCAGAAAUGGAAAACUCCUGAACCUUCACAACAGAUAGAGAUGGAGCCCACAGUACAUAUCCACCAAGAACAUCUUGCAGGAAUAGAAUCUGACACAAGUCCCUCUAAGAUGCCAUUGACCUCUCAGAAAGACCCUUCCUCAAAUUCUUCUUACACAUUUCACAUGAUAUCCCAAGGGAAACAGAUGUGUCAGAAGUUAAAAGAACAGACUGAUCAACUGAAGACUAAAGUACAAGAAUUUUCCAAAAGCAUAGCACAGGAUUCUCCCUAUCAUUUGAAAGACAGGAGGCUGGUCCUCCAGAAACUGCAGGGACACCUUGAACUGCUGGAACAGGAGUUUCUGGCCAAUAAGGAGAAGCAUCUGACUUUGAAACAGCAAGUCCACAAGCAUGAAUCCCCAGCUGUCGAUGAAUUUGAUCCAGAAAGAAAAGUAGAAGGUGAAAUCUUCACGUCGGAGAUGCUACUUGAAGAUUUUAAAGAGAAAAUUAAUAAAGGCAAACAUACUUCAGCUGUCUCUCUUCCCGUGAGUUCUCAAAUCAACCCGGAUGACUUGUCAUCCACAUCCUCCCCAUUCUCAAAUGAGGAGGAGCCUAACAACACUUCGGGGAGGCAGGACGGUGCGGAGACGACCGGUGCACGCUGUGCCUUCUGCCACCGGGUCCUUGAAUGGAAGCAAAAAAUGGAGAAAAAAGGCCACAGAGGAAUCAACCGUGGAAGGUUUCCUGUUGCCAUUCAAGACAAGGCACGGCACCCAGACUCACUUCUCGGUUCUGAUACAGGAGUCAGCUGCUAUUCUGCUUCUGGGACUGGACUGCAGAGUAAUAAAUGUGAGAACUGCAGCACUAAGAUUCAUAACUCCCAGAGAGUCUGUGGUAAAGCAUCAUCUAAAGAAUUUCAUUACAUAUUCAACACCCCGGGACAGAAUUUCUUUAAUCACAGCAAAAGAAGUGCCUUUGCCCAGCUCCGCUAUUUAAAUGAAAAUAAAAAUUCUUCACCUUCUCAUUCAAAACCAAAAUGGAUCACUUUCCAGAGUGCAAAUUCAAAAUCCUCUUAUGAUGAAUGUGAACUCAUACCAGGAAAUUCAGACCUUGCUACACCCUCACCCCAUUCCCACUCCUGCAGGAUUUCUGAAAGCACAUCCUCAAGCAACUUUACCGGUAUCGAAGAAACGGAAUCUGAGAUUUUAAACUCGUCUUUGGAUCAUUCCCUAAGGACAGCAACCAUUUUGAAACAAACUACUGAUCAAAUGAUUAGAACUAUUGCAGAAGAUCUUGCCAAAGUACAGAGAUGGAGGAAUAGACUGAAAUACUAGUUUGACUCAAGGCAACCAAGGAUUAAAAAAAAAUGCAGAGAAAACUUGGUCUUCACCCCAAAAGUAUUUUACUUAUUACACAACUUAUGAAGAUGACUUUCUAGAGAAAACACCAAAACUGCAAGAAAUGGGGGACACAAUGUGCUAAAAUGAAACAAAAAAUGGACCUCUGAUUCUUAAAAAUCAAA